AUGGCAAUAUGGCCCUUUGGUCGCAAGGGCAAGCGGCCCAGGAGUCAGAUGAAGGCCUCCGACGCCGCCGACCGAAGAUUAUCUUUCGAAGACGGGACCGACAAGUCUGCCGCCGCUGAACAUGCGCUCGUGGGUAGGAAACCGUCGCGGAAGCGAUCGAAACGUGAGAAACAUCGAAGCGCUCCUUCCUUGCGUCAUCAGUCUUCCCCUCGUGCUGCUGCGGGUGAGCCCGUUGGCCCGACAUCAACUUUUGCCUAUAACCUAGACGACAAUCACACAUCGCUUUCGAGUAUCGGUCAGGACAAUUUUGCUGUUUCCCGUGCCACGCCGACGCUACAAAAGAGGGAAUCUGCGGGCAAGGGCAAUACUUUGAAAAAGAGACUGAGCAAGCGUUCUGCGCGCGAACUGCAACGCGAACGAGAAAUCAAAGCCCUGAGUUCGUCGCCUCCUUCAGGCAAUCCCCGACUCGCUAAUGCCUGGGGCUAUCACGCGUCGGAUGUUCGUCGUGGACCCAGCGUUCUUAGUCGUUAUGGCGACCACCAGACAUCCAACCAGAGUCUGCCGAUGGGCUCUCAGUCAUCCUCAUCUGACGUCUCCGAUCUAUAUACCUACAAAGUCAAUGCUUUCGCUGUUUUGGCUCCCCGACCUAUUAUUCGCUACUCGGAAAAUCACAACAAACACCUUCCUCCGCGAAGCACCAAUCCCUCCUCGAACUCGAUGCGCAAGGAAAUCAACCUGGGUGACGAAGAGGACUGGAAAUCACAGAAGAGAGUCGCCGAGCUUGCUGAUGAUUUAGACGCUGCUGCUUUGAGAGAAUUACUAGAGCGAGACCGCCGACGGAGAGAGAAGAAGCGGCUGGAGGAUCAAGAAAGAAGACAGCGCCGGUUACAGCGCAGACUCGAACGCGAACAACAUGAGUCUGACCACGCAGCCAACAAAGUUGAAGACAUUAAAGUCGGAGAAAUAGAUAUCGAUGAUUUGCGCGGCCGAGAUAAGACGCCUUCUCCCGCCACGUCAUCUCGACGAAUUCGUCCAGAAAGUACAAUUGACGAAGAACAAACACAACAAACAGAAGAGAGCAUCUUUUCGCCGGAGCCGAGCUCAUGGCUACGCGAACCUUCUAAUAACAGUCAGCAACGAGAAAAGCGCUUUUCUGAUAUAUCAGCACAUGUUAUCGGCAACAUCGACGAUCGGUCAGUUCGUGCCGGCAAACAGGGUCAUGAUGUGAAUGCAAUGUCGGAAGAAGACAUUUCCAGACAUCGAUCACCGCUGUUCCAGGCUGUUGCUAACACCAGCUCAGCGCGUAUGAGUAGUAUCGCUCAAGAAUCAAUUUCAGACCUUUCGCGAACGGAGAACUCUGAAAAACGUCUUUCAGACAGCAGCAGUAGACGUAUGUUGUCUUGGGUGGCAUUUUUCAGGAGGAACAGCUUGCGAAGGAGAAGGUCGAAAGAAAUUGAUGCGCCUCCUUCGGAGUUUUCCAACACAUCUCGAGAUUCAUUUAUGAAGGCGCAGCAAGGCGCCGGUCCCUCCAUGCCAAUUCCCAUACCGGAGCGAAAUUUUCGACGUGCUGGCACUUUCCGAUCUCAGUCGAAGUUUGUUGAACAUAUUGAUAAUUAUCCCAUCUCCCCGCCUGACUCCCGCAUGCAGUCUCCACUGCCGGUGCCCCUUGAAACGGUUCAUGAUAUGCCAGUGGAUGAUUUGAAUUCUGUCGAACCUAGUCCUCGUCAGUCGUUCACCGAAGGUGACGACUAUAACUUCGGAAAUGAGGAGCCCAGCCGCCCAAUGUCAUGGGACGAGAAGAGCGGGGUACUCUCGCAGUCUUUGGCGUCAAUCGAUUCGGAAGGAUCAUGGAUGUCGGGCAGUUAUCUACGGCGGGKUUCGCAAAAGAACCCCAACUUUACAUCAUGGCGCAAUAGCGGUGGAAUGAAUAAGCUCGAUAAGUACGACGAGACCGAAGAAAAUGAAGACGACGUCGCCAAUGACGAGUAUCUCAAUCGCCUAGCCGAGGAAUCUCCAGAGCAAAUGUCUAAUUCCGUCGCUGGUAUGCGUCGACCGAGCAGCACAGCUAUCGGGCUGGAUAUCGCCGAAGCUGAGAGCGAAGACAGCAGACGAUCAUCCAACGACGGCAUGGAAACCUGGCACCAAGGACUUGAGCGGAGACCAACAGUGGUACGUCGCGAGUCUGGCCGUGUCCGUGCAAUGUCGAAAGAAGUGAUUUUCGGUGAUGUCGCCAUGUUGGAUACUGCAUCAGUGGAUGAGGAAACAAGCCCUAUCAGUCCCGUUAGCCAAGAGGCGGAGAUCAACCGUGCGACAAGCGUUGACUACGGUCGUGAGCACAAGCAUGCUCGCCAAAUCAGUGCUGGAAGUGCUAAAUUGCUUGAUAUCCCGCCCCGCGCGUCUCUGGACUCGAGAGAGUAA